UACUUUACUGAUCCCGCAGAGCGAGCAGAGACACACUCAGCUCACAAAUCACCCGUCUUUACUCGACUCCAUUCAGCUAACAGAGCAAAGAAAACCUCCGUCCCCCAAACCAAGACUUUCAUUUGUUUAUGCAAACUUUUUAUUUUUUGAGCCUUUAAAUAUGAUGCUGUGUUCACACUGCGGAAGGAGACGAGGCCAGCCUUAGAAUAAAACUGCCAUCAAGUUGAACUGGAAAGAAACACUUGUCGUGGACUCUCUGAUCAUCUCUUUGCUGCUUUUCUUCGUUUGCUGAACUCUUCAGUCGUCCCGAUGGAAGCCAAAGGAAAGUUUGAUUUCACUGCAACUGGAGACGACGAGCUCAGCUUCAGAAGGGGCGAUAUACUGAAGAUUCUAAGCCCACAAGAUGACUGGUUUAAAGCAGAGAUGAACGGACUGGAAGGAUUCGUACCACAGAACUACCUCGAGGUGCAGACUCCGAGGUGGUUUCAGGAGAACGCCAGUCGCAGUGCUGCAGAGGAAGUCCUCCGGUGCAAAGGAGUGGGAGCCUUUGUGAUCCGAGGAUGCCAGAGCUCCCCGGGAGACUUCUCCAUCUCUGUCAAGCACGAGAGCGACGUUCAGCACUUCAAAGUGAUGAAAGACAACAAAGGUCAGUACUUCCUGUGGUCUGAGAAGUUCACCUCCCUCAACAAGCUGGUGGAGUUCUACAAGUCCACCUCCAUCUCCAAAACCAGGGAGAUCUACCUCAACGACGGCAGCUCGGACAGCACAAGCCCCUCCGCCGUCCAGUCGGUGAAGAGGGGAAGUUUACCUGAACAACGUAACGCGCCUGCAGCCAUCGUUGCUUCGCCACGCAGAGCUUCAGACCAACCUCACAACCAGCUGGCUAAGAGAGCCGGUCUGGAGGAGCGAGCUCACACCAUCGGUCACACAGGAAGAAGCAGCCCCGUCACAGCCGUUCAUCCUCCGCGUCGCACGUCUGAAACCAUGCCUAACCCUCAGAGGGCGUCCACGCAGCAGGUGAAGGCGGUGUACGACUUCAUCGCCGAGGAGGACGACGAACUCGGCUUCGGCGCCGGUGACAUCAUCGAGCUGUUGGAUCGCUCUGAUGCGUCGUGGUGGAAAGGGCGGCUGCGGGGGAAAAGCGGGCUGUUCCCUGCCAACUACACAGUACUACUGUGAGAGCACACAUUCAACCCCCGAGGCGAUGCACUCUCUCUCUGCCUGAACACAUUCACAGACUCGCUCUGAACAGAAAAGCACUCACUCAUCUAAUCUCUGCACCUCGAGUUCUUGAAGACGCCGGUGCCCAAAGGAAUGAGUCAUUUAGUGUUUGCAGAUAAUAUUCAAGUAUGUAGUGCAGGAAGGAGCAGAAACAGGAACUUAAACUUACUAAAACCUGCUACACGUGGCACCGAAGAACAUUUUAUCAUUUGCAUCACAACCUGUCUGACAGCAAGUUUUUAUUUGCAUCAAUGCUGGUUGACACGUCCUCUGGUGAAUCGACUGUUAAACAAAUGAUUCUGCUCAUGUUGAUAUGUUAUCACGUUUUAUACCACAAAAAGUUUUGUAUGAAAAUUUCAGUAGAUUUCUCAAGAAGACUAAACGCUUGACAUAGACAUGUUACUCCCCCGCAAUAAAAUCAUUGAUGACGAUAACGUAGAAAAGUAGACUCUUAAGUAUUUUCUACUCUGAAGGUUUAUCCCCCUUUGUGGCAUUUUUUGUUCCUAGAUAUUUUGUUGUUUUUUAUUAUUUCUAUGGAACCCUGGAAUUGAUAUAUUAAGGGAUUUCUGUACCUAUUUUAUAAGUCUUGUCUAGCUGUGUGAGGGAAGCUAGAGGCAGCCAAAAUAAAAGCAGAAGUAGCUGCACUAGAGUCUUCGUCCAACUCAGGCGGCAAACUCUGGUUCUGAAAAGAGAAGUGUCUUAAAACCUGCAUCCUCUGGUUGUAUAGAAUUCUAUGAGAAAAUGACUCUACUUCUCUCUUGAUUUAUUCCCUCAGUAAACAUUGUAAACAUGA